AUGGAGGAGGAGCCGCCCGUUCGGGAAAUCAGCGUUCCCGAGGCCCAACAGGUCCUGCAAGAGUUCCAGUGCUUGGUGGACGAGGUAGGGGGGGAGGGACAAGUCCAGCUGGUGGGGGAAAUCGUGGAAAAAGAGCAAUGCCAGAAGCUACUGGGUGACUUCGCCCGGGAGCUGUUCCCGAAGCUGCACGAGGUCUGCAACAACGCGACCGGGGCCCCGCCGGCUCCGGUCAAGGACCUCGACCCGUCCGACUACACCCAGCUCAUCUUCUUCGUGUGUCGGGCCUCCGUCCUGCGCGUCCAGCGCCGCCGCCUCAGGAAGCUGCUCUACGACCUGCGGCAGGGGAAGAAGAACGCGCCCACCGCCCUCGUCGCCGUCAUCGUCUACCCCUCGAGCCCCAAGGAGGCCAAGGAGUCCCAGCAGCUGAUGCAGAGCCUGCUGCGCACCAUCUUCUUGGAGAAGCCCCUGGCCCCCGCCCCGAACCUGGGCAGAAAUAUGGAGCUGGAUUCCGUCAAGGUGGAAGUGGAGGUGUUCAUCCCCGGCAAGAAGCACGGCACCCUCCACAUCAUGAAGGCCGCGUGCCGCGCCAACCGGGCCCUGCAGUCGAAGCAGUCGUCGCCGUGCUUGUCGCGCACUCCGACGGGCUCGCGGACUUCGUCCCAGUGGGAGACGCGGUCGUCGUCCAUGCAGUCCCUGGGUCGGCCGCUCCCCGAGACCCCGAUGCUGUCGCCGGUGGCGGAGCAGCCGUCGGCAUCGGAGAGCUCAACCUCCGGUGAGUGCCAACUGGGAGCCGGCGGCGGGGCGGGGGAAUGCCGACUGCUCCGAGUCGGGAGGGACCGAGGCGGGACCCGAAACCAAAUAGGACGGAGGCCUGCCCCGGGGGACCCGGCGACUGACGAUAUAGGGACCAUCUCCCAUUAG